UUAAAUUAAUUAAAUAAAAAAGAUAAAUAAUAAGAUAAAAUAAAAAAAUAAAUUGACCUAGUUGCGGUUUAUAUACCCCAAAAAAAAUUUUGGUGAAAAUUAUUAUUUUGUUAUUCAAUGACAACCCAUUAAUGAUCAAAAUGGUAAAAGACAAAUCGACUUCUUUAAACAUAAUGCAACCCAAAAGGACGUGAAAGCCUACAAAAAAACUUACAUGCUUGGGUAUGGUUUCGAAAAAUUAAGUGGGAUAAAACAACAAUAUAUUGUUCAGCCGCGAUAUGGUAGUGAUAUAGAACAACAUAUUAAAGUGAAUGGAGGUAGAUUACCAGAAGACACAAUAUAUCGCAUUGCUUUACAAAUGCUUGAUGUAUAUCAAUUUGUACAUAGAUAUGGUUACGUACACGGGAAUCUAAAAGCCUCUAAAAUAUUAUUAGGAGUAGGUGUAAAUCGUAAUUUGCAAACUUAUUUGCUAAACUAUGGUUUAGCAUUUCGAUUCGCUACGACAGAGUUUAAACCAGAUCCCAGAAAAAGGCAUAAUGGCACUAUUGAAUACAUAUCUUGCGAUGGUCAUAAAUUAAUUUCAGCGAUAACAAAAAUAAUACAAAAUCUUUUAAUUUUGAGUUUGAUCUCGACGGUGACGUUGACGAAUCCGUCGAGAUGAGGCACACGAGAAAAAAUAAUAUAAAUAAUUAAUCUAAUGUGUUGAAAACUUUUUAUUAAAAUAGCCAGUUCAAUGUAUUCAAAGUAAUUUCUGUUAUAAAUUAUUUAUGUUUCAAAAUCA